GGCUCUUUCCGGGCGCCAUGCUAGCUAAGGGUUCUUCACCAAGGCUGAACCAGGUCACUGCGGGUGCCGCUGCCCGGAGCUGUGAGGGCAGCGCGGACGAGCUCGGCAGCCGCGCCAUGGUCUGCCAGGGGAUUUCAGGAAGGAUUAACUGAGGCGAGAAGACCCUUUGAGUGUGACCUUAGUAGAGAGAAGUCCAAAGGAGAAACAGUGUUACUUUCCUGCCUGCCUUCACUUCUUCCUGGUGAGUGCAUCUGUCCAUUGCUGCUGCUGCUACUGCUGCUGCUGUACGCCACCACCACCAUCCUUCACUGACAUUGGAACCCAGCUUCUUGGGCCUUCCAGUGUGGACUGAAGAGCAGAAGCUGUCCAGGUGUGCUUUGGGCCUUUGGCACCUGAUUGAAGCUCUUGAGGCUUCUAGUCUUCGUGGAUGGAGCCUUUCCAUCAUGGAGACAGCCAUUGUUGGACUGUGCAGGCUGGAUCAGGAUCUGGUGAGCUUUGAGGAUCUGGCUGUGAACUUCACCCAGGAAGAGUGGGAUUUGCUGGAUCCUUCUCAGAAGAUUCUGUAUGGAGAUGUGAUGCUGGAAACCUGCAGGAACUUCACUGCCAUAGGAUAUGAAUGUGAAGACCAGAAAAGUGAAGAACAUUAUGAAGAUCCUGAAUUAAAUCUAAGGCACAUCAUAUCUCACUCUGAAUAUACACAGUAUGAACCUGAGGACUGUGAACAGAAGCUACAGGACUCUAAUUAUCUUACAAGGAUAGAAGGAUACACAGAAACUCACACUGUGAAUGGACCUUCUGAGUGUGAGGUAUGUUUAAAAUCCUAUGGACUGUAUCACCUGACUUACAGUGGACAUCACAACUAUGAAUACAAGGAGUGUGGAGGAAGCCAAACUGUACGAAAAUGUUAUGAAUGUAACCAAUGUGGUAAAACUUUGAGUUCUUUCAAUUCUCUUCAAAGACAUCAGAAAAUUCAUAUUGAAGAAAGACCAUAUAAGUGUCAACAAUGUAGUAAGGCCUUUAGAUGUCUCAAUGCCCUUCAGUCACAUGAAAGAAUUCAUACUGGAGAAAAACCUUAUGAAUGUAAACACUGUGGUACAGCUUUUAGCAGACUUACUCACCUGCGAUUACAUGAAAAAGUUCAUACUGGAGAAAAACACUAUGAAUGUAAACAAUGUGAUAUAGUUUUCAAAUCUCAGAGUUCCUAUCAUAGACAUAAAAUAAUGCAUGGAGAAACAUUUUAUAAUUGUAAAGAGUGUGGUAAGUCCUUCAUUUACCCCUCUUUACUUCAGAUGCAUGAAAGAACUCACACAGGUGAAAAGCCUUAUGAAUGUAAACUAUGUGGGAAAGCCUUUAGAUACCAUUCUUCCAUACGAUUACAUGAAAGAACUCAUACGGGAGAAAAACCCUAUGAAUGUAAACACUGUGGUAAAGCCUUUACACGUCAGAGCUAUCUUCAGUUUCAUGAAAGAAGCCACACUGGAGAGAAACCCUAUGAAUGUAAAGAAUGUGGUAAAGCUUUUAGGCAUCACUCUUACCUUCGAUUACAUGAAAGAAGACAUACUGGAGAGAAACCAUAUCAGUGCAUACAGUGUGGCAGAUCCUUCAGCCGACAGAGUUCCUUUAAGAGACAUCAGUCUGUUCAUGCUGUGGAAAACCCCUAUAAGUGUCAACAAUAUCUACUUCCUUUAUCCCUGUUUCCUUCAAAUGCAUGAAAGAACUUACACCAACACCAAGCCUUCUGCAUGUGAACAAUGUGAUAAAAUGCUUAUCCUAAUUCACAUAAAACACACAUAAGGACUCAAAAUAAUGACGAGUCUUUAAACAAUGUAGUAUAGCCUUCAGGGGUCACCAGGACUAUAGAACCCCACAACCUGGAAGCAGUUACCAAAGAUGAUAUCUCUUGCCCUUCAACCUCCCAUAAAAGUUUGUGGAUAUCAUGUGUCUCAGAGAGAAGUAAUGCAGGAAGAAGGCCAGAAAAGAAUGACUGUGAGCCACAGUAACUUAUCUUCAGAUCCCAACAACCAAGAAAGGCCAGCACUUGGACUUUGGGGACCAUCUUGAGGUUAUACAAACUUUUCUAGCAAACAUAGGAAAUCAUUCCCUAUAAUCACUAGAAGAUAGGUCUGCCCUUUUAAUGAACUCUCCUUUUUUAAUGAAAACUUAUGGAUUCAGAGGUACACACUUGAGUCCACUCUUAUUCUGUGGAAUGUAUUCUAUGCUGUUAUUCCAGUAAAUCUAUGUAUACUCUCAGUA